ACACUCUCCCUCACUGCCCUGAAUCGCGAUCCAGCUUCGUCUUCCUCAGAUGGGUACUCCUCAGACGGAAUUUAUUGAUGAUGAGUGUUGUUCGACUCACCUCAUUGACGGGGAUGGUAAUUUCAAUGUUGAUGGAAUUGAACACUUCAUGAAGAAAGUUAAAUUGGCAGACUGUGGGCUCUCAUAUGCUGUUGUAUCAAUUAUGGGCCCACAAAGUAGUGGAAAGAGCACAUUGUUAAACAAUCUAUUUCAUACAAACUUUAGAGAGAUGGAUGCUUAUAAAGGAAGAUCACAAACCACGAAAGGUAUUUGGAUGGCUCGAUGUGCUGGAAUUGAACCCUUCACCCUUGUAAUGGAUUUGGAGGGCACCGAUGGAAGAGAGAGAGGAGAGGAUGACACGGCAUUUGAGAAGCAGAGUGCCUUAUUUGCCCUUGCUGUUUCUGAUAUAGUUCUAAUAAAUAUGUGGUGUCAUGAUAUUGGUCGUGAGCAAGCUGCUAAUAAGCCUCUGCUGAAAACUGUGUUCCAGGUGAUGAUGCGAUUAUUUAGUCCGCGCAAAACAACAUUGAUGUUUGUUAUACGUGACAAAACUAGGACACCCCUUGAAAGUUUGGAGCCCGUAUUAAGGGAAGAUAUUCAGAAGAUAUGGGAUUCGGUCCCGAAGCCAGAAGCUCACAAAGAAACUCCUCUUAGUGAAUUUUUUAAUGUCGAGGUUGUUGCCCUUUCUAGUUACGAGGAGAAAGAAGAACUGUUCAAAGAGCAGGUGGCUGAUCUAAGGAAACGAUUCUUUCACUCUAUCGCACCUGGUGGGCUUGCUGGAGAUAGACGGGCAGUAGUUCCAGCUUCUGGUUUUUCAUUUAGUGCACAACAAAUAUGGAAGAUUAUAAAGGAGAAUAAAGACCUUGACCUGCCUGCUCACAAGGUCAUGGUAGCAACUGUACGGUGUGAAGAAAUUGCAAAUGAAAAGUACGCCUCUUUUACUAUAAACAAGGAGUGGUGCCAACUUAAUGAAACAGUUCAGUCUCACACUGUGCCUGAGUUUGGGAAGAAGAUCAGUUUGAUGCUGGAGACUUGUCUUAAAGAGUAUGAAGAUGAGGUCACAUUUUUUGAUGAAGGUGUGAGAUUAGCGAAGCGCAAGCAGUUGGAAGAGAAGUUGCUGCAGCUUACCUUACCAGCCUACCAAUCUAUGCUGGGACUCUUGCGUUCUGAAACUUUCGAGUCAUUCAAAAAAGAUUUUGAUGAUGCAUUGAAUGGAGGGAAAGGUUUUGCUUUGGCUUCUCAAAGCUGCACUGAGGCAUUAAUGGCAAAGUUUGAUAAAGGAUGUGCUGAUGCUGUCAUUGCUCAAGCUAAUUGGGACUCGUCCAAAGUGAGGGACAAGCUCAGACGUGAUAUAGAUACACAUAUUGAUGAAGUCCGUGCUGCUAGGCUGGCUAAACUUACAGCAUCCUAUGAGGCAAAACUUAACGGGGCAUUAUCAGGACCUGUUGAGGCUCUAUUAGAUGGAGCUAGAGAUGAUACAUGGCCAAUGAUUCGAGAACUCCUACGGCGUGAGACUGAAGCUGCAGUAUCUGGUUUUUCUGCAGAGCUUUCUAGCUUUGAGUUGGAUGUUGAAACCAAAGGUAAUAUGCUUUCGAAGUUAAGGGAUCAUGCAAGAGGAAUCGUAGAAACAAAGACCAAAGAAGAAGCUGGGAGGGUUUUGAUCCGUAUGAAAGACAGGUUUACAACAUUAUUUAGCCAUGAUUCUGAUUCAAUGCCUAGAAUUUGGACAGGAAAGGAAGACAUUCGAGCAAUUACAAAAAAUGCCCGUUCAUCUUCUCUCAAGCUUCUCUCAGUUAUGGCUGCUAUCCGUUUGGAUGAAGAAUCAGACAAUAUUGGAAACACUCUUGCCCUUGCUUUGAUUGAUGGCAAAUCAGGCAGUGCUGCAAACAAAAGUGUCACUCCAAGUGAUCCUCUUGCAUCAAACUCUUGGGAUGAGGUACCUCAAUCAAAAACCUUAAUAACGCCGGUCCAAUGUAAAUCUUUGUGGAGACAAUUUACAACUGAGACAGAGUAUACUGUCACACAAGCUAUUGCCGCACAGGAGGCUAGCAAGAGAAGCAACAAUUGGUUACCACCUCCAUGGGCUAUUGUUGCCAUGGUUGUUUUGGGAUUCAAUGAGUUUAUGACCCUCUUGAGGAAUCCAUUAUAUUUGGGUGUCAUUUUUGUUGCUUAUCUGCUAUUCAAAGCACUUUGGGUGCAACUAGACAUCUCUGGUGAAUUUCGCAAUGGCGCCCUUCCUGGACUUAUAUCGUUAUCAAGCAAGUUCCUUCCUACCGUGAUGAAUCUUCUUAAAAAACUAGCGGAAGAAGGACAAAGUCAAACAAAUGGUAAUUCUCAACAUAAUCAUCAUACAACCCUUUCAUCAAAGAGUUCGAGGAGUCCGGGCAUUGACCAUGGUGAUUUGUCAUCAACAGGUUCGUCCGAGGUCACCUCUGAAAACGGAGAUGAGUCAUCCUCAAGCCCUGCAACUAUUGAUAGGAAAACAAAGUGAAGCCCCCCACACCCGUUUUGUCUUCGCUUUGGCAUACACGUUCAAACUCAUUUGUACUUGGUGGCCUGCCUGUCUCAUUUGUCGUCCAAUGGGAGCACCAUGUGAAGGAUCGCUUAUUAAAUGCCCUCAUUUCUCAUUUAGAUGAAUGAUACAGUGUUGACAGUGUAGCCUGUUUCACACAACAGAUGCCACCUGACCACACAAACUUAUAAUAUAUGUUCAUGUUUUUUCAGUUUUGUUUUGUUUUGUUUGUUAUGUUUCUGUUUUUUUUUUGAGUAAUUAAAAGGCUCUCUUUAUUGUUCUUGUCCUUCGAUUUUGUACCGGCAAGAUUGCAAGAAGCAUUACCAUGUCUGUAUUUUUAGAUAUGUAGUUUCAUUGUACUACUGUUCUCUACUCAAAGAAUGGACUUUACAUUAAUAUUGCUGCCUCUUAAGUCACAA